AAUGGCUUAGGAGAGAGACAUACAUUAGCAAAAGAAGGCUACUCAAGUUCAAAGGGUACUCAGGUUGUUUUGAAAGGUUUUGAGAGAACUCUUUCUGCCAGUAUAAAAAGGCUGAUUUGAGACUUAUUACCAAGCAGUGACUGCAUUGUGGACUCAUAGACCUUAGACUUCAUACAGACUGUAACCCAAGCUCAGGAUCGAACUGAGGACCCUAGAGCAACACCGCCCAGAAAACAGACUUUAGAACUGUGAAUGUACAAAGAAACAACUCCAAUAAAAAUCUUUUGCCCUCUGCGCCACCAAGAGUCGUUUUACCCCUGUAACUGAAACCUGCAGCACCCAGUACUGUUCCAUAACAAUUACUUCAGUCUCUUUCAUGCCCUCCCUUAGCAUUUAUCUCUCCCGUGGAGAGGUAUCCUCUCUAACAACACGCACAGUCAACAUCGUGAGAGUGAAGAAAGCUCCGAAUUGGUCAAUGGACACCAAGGGACCCCUCUGCUUUGUCAUGUACUAGGUCAAUCCCUGAAGUUCAUUCUGAGAUAACACAACAUGCUGACAAAAGCUAUGCACAAAAGACACGGUUCUAUUAUAAAAGCAUUAUGGGAACCUCUGGUAGUCCUAUCGGCACGUAUCCUAAGCGGUUGAUGACGACUGUGUGUGCAGGUGCUAACGAUAUGGCUCAGGACUGGGGAGUAGUGAUCCUUGUCCUAACUAUGAUGAUCCAAGUCUCGUUGACCCAAAGGAUCAUUGGGGGCCAAGAAGUCGUGCCUCAUUCCAUCAAGUACCAAGCAUCUCUUCAGUUUGAGAAAAAUCACUAUUGUGGAGGCAUACUGAUCCACCAGCAAUGGGUGGUGUCUGCUGCCCACUGUUGGAGACCGAGCAGCAUCAUUCAGGUGGUUCUGGGUGCACAUAAUCUGGAAGCUGAGGACGGAUCUGAGCAAGUUUUCAACGUGUCCAAAAUCAUAUCCAACCCUACCUACAACCCGAAAACAUACAAUGGUGACCUCAUGCUUCUGAAGCUGAGCCACCCGGCUGUUCUAAACGCCUAUGUCCAGCCGGCUCACCUCCCGGAUGAGAGCACGCCUCCGCUAGAUGUUGGAACCACCUGCACAGUGAGCGGCUGGGGCGUCACACGCAUCUACAGCUUCUACCUGUCUCCUGUGCUCCGUGCUGUGGAUGUGGACUACAUCCCCAACUGCCAGUACUACUACUCCUUCAGGGUCAAUGAGAACAUGAUAUGUGCCGGAUCUCGCUUUGGUGGCAAAGAUUCUUGCCAAGGUGAUUCGGGGGGACCGCUCAUGUGCAAUGGCUUUCUGGAAGGCAUCGUGUCCUGGGGAAUAGGCUGUGCCAAUCCCUACUACCCAGGAGUCUACACCAAAGUGAGGAACUACAACAAGUGGAUCUCUGGGAUCAUCACAAGUGACAAUCAGUCCUAAAAAAAUAAUCAGGAAAAAGGUUUUAGUUUCAGACUUUUUGCAUGUAGAAGACAAUACGCUGGAAUCAAGUUAAUUUAGCUUGAACUUGGGAAGAAAACAGCCGUGGCGUAUAUCCACAUGCAUAAUUCAUUAACUAAUUAAAGGCUAGUGAGUUCUGCUGACACAGCAGUGUCUAGAUUAAUGAUCAUAUAACAUCUAAGCACAUUUUAAUUGAAUCCUUCUCUGUCAUCUGUCAUACGCCUGCUUUAAUUUGUCAACAAUAUGUCUUUUUUUUAUAUACCAAUUUUGGCAUAAAGCUGAAUAUUUGUAAUUGAUUAUUGUUUAUAUCUCAGAAUAGUAUAAAUAAAGGUGUUAUUUAGAAGUAUUGAAGGAGGAAAAAUCAUGUCAUGGUGGUGCUUUUCAGUGGACACACACACACACACACACACACACACAUUCAUUCAUUCACAUGUAAAGCUUUGUAUGGGAUGUUGAGUAUGUGGGAGCUGGAACACAUUCACUGGAUGUCAUUAUAAUCAGCUCGAGAAUUUGCCUACCCUCCAUACAGCAAGUUUAGAGUAGGAGUAAUGGAACGUUUGGGGUUUUUUCUUUACACUCACUCGUCACAGAUGGACUCAACGAGUUCAAUUAAACAUUGUAGGACAAGUCUAAAUCGAAUGAAGCUAACAUAACUGUGGCUUCAGGGCUUUCCCGAAAGUCUGUCCAUAAAGGAUGUGCAUUUUCAUCAAUGCAAAAGAGUAAUAAUAAUUCUGAUUUCUAAUCAUUAACAUGGUGUUUCUUGAGCUGAAGAAUUUAAACAUGUGUGUACUGUUUGAGUGUUAAUGAUAAACGUGCAUCGGCCAAAUUAAGGUCAUCCCAGUGCUGAUUCAGUUACACAGUGGGUUCACUGUGAGUAAAAGGCUGAGCAAGCAGGCGAAAAUACAACACUGUUAUAUAACUACUGUUAUCAUUUUAAUAAAAGCCAUCAUCUAUAAUCACAUUUUUAACUGUCCUCAGUAAUCUUGUAGAGCCACUUUUUUUUUACCUUUUUUUUUUUGGUGCAAACUGUCUCAUAUCAGAUUGUAAUCAGAGUUUUUUUUUUUUUUUAACCACAACCUUAACUAUGACAGACAGUCACCAGAUCCAAUUCAAACAAUCAUAACCUUUACUGGCACAGAGAGUCCAUUUUUAGCCAAAUGAGACAUAUCUACAGUUAUAUUAUAAACACCAGUAUUAUGUACAGUUGAAUAUAUGUAUAUAUACCACAGCACUGUUGAAUUCUCAAAUCUGAUUGGUCAGACGAUGUGCUUAAUCUUGUAUAACAACAGCUCUGACAAUAGUUCUAGCUACAAAGCACAGGUUUAUAUUAAUUGCACUCGUUCUAAUAGGUUACGUUUCUAUAGUAACGAGGACUAAAGGACUUUUAUGAUGCUUGUUCCACAUACUCAAAAUGUAAUAAUACUUUUUUUUUAUUGCUGUCAUUUAAUAACUAAAUGAUGCUUUCUGUAAACAGGUGAUUGUUGAGCAUUUUUGGAAGGAGUCUCCAGCGUAAAAGCAUUGUAACAAUCAGAGGUAGAACUGUAGCUUUACGUUUUCCACUCCGAGAAAGUCUUCAUUACUGUUUCUUGGUAACAAACUGCAUUUUUUCCACCACUUUUUCUUUCUUUCUUAUUAACCGCCCAGUUAAUAAGUGAGUGAACGUGUGUUUAUAGCUGCUAUAAUGCUAUAAAGGGAUAAUAGGAACUUGUGUUGUGGAUGUUCCACAACAUUAAAAGUAACUACAUGUGUCGUUCUAUAAAACGUACAAAUGUAAUUGGAAAAUAAUCAACUUCAGGAUGGUAAGAGGGGUGAACAUCCAGGCUAUAGUCAGCCAUUAUAUGGAAGCAUAUAAUUCACCGGGUGUCAAACUCAAAUGGAUUUAAGUGAAUUACUAUGUAUGUAUAUAUAUAAUAUCUGAGGUAAAAUUCAGUGAUUUACACUUAUUGUAUUAUUGUGGGGUGUUAAAUAUUAAGAUGAAAUAAUUUGAUAGUACAUCAAAAUAAUGGGAUUAUACCCCCAAAAUGAUUAGCUGUUAAGUCAAAAUAACAACAUAAUAUCUGGAAAUAAUAAGUUAUUAAGUUGGAAUGAUGAGAAAUUUAGUUGAAAUAAUGACAUUCAUCAGUCUCUUUACAACUUAGACACAGUAAUAAUAGAAAAACAACUGUUGGGAGUAUAAACACUUCCCUCAGAUGUGUUGGCAAAUUCAGAUGUGUUUACUCGAACUUCUCAGGGUUCUUCCCUAUGGAAAACCAUCCACAUUGUGCCACAAUUUAUUAACUGUAGUAGACAAUUUUGACUUUGAGUCUAGAAAAUUUUAACACAAACACGUUAAACACUUUUUUUUCUGUACAAUACACAAUAGCAUAAUUUCCACUUUGAGUGCAAUGAUGCAGAGAGGAAUGUGGAGGAUGUGAUGAGUUAAAGCUUGUGAAAACAUAAUGUUCUUCACAGGAAGUACAGCCUCUGUCGGACCUUGUUCGCAAAUGUGAGUGACCUUAUGAUAAUUAACUCAAGUCAGCUAACAAGCUUUUCUUGAGUCUUUCUCUGCCAUGUGUCUAGUUAUUUAUACGGAUUUUGUACUGUAAUUUCUAAAUGGCCACUAUUUAACCACCAAUAUUAUUAGGUGUGUAUAACUUAUAAAGGCAUGUUUGACGAGAUGCCAUUAUGUAGUCAAACAUCAAACUGUUUCAACAUCCACAGAGAAAUGUGACAUUGCAAUUCUUGUAAUCAUUACAUUGUCUGCAUGCAU